UAGUAUGUGAUGUUGAUGUGACGCAACAACGAUCAGCUGGUUUUGUUUUGCUUCAUUCUCUCUGCUCCGCUUGAAGUCGUAAAUGUACGAAAAACUCGCGUUUUAAUUCAUUAAUGUGAGGCGGAAGAACAGUCGAAGCGUCGGAGUAUUCGUCUUCCACUUUAUCCGGACCAUCCAGUUUUUCCUCAGUAGGUCUACGCUUUGCCACUAUCUUUCCGAGCGGUCCAGCCGAUCCCAGGCCUCCGAUCCAGGGCGGAGGGAGGGAAGGAGGUCGUUGGGAAUCGGGAUGGAGACCGGAGAUGUUGGGCCGGGGCUGUGCUGCGCCUCCUUCAACCAGGACUCCACCAGCGUGGUCAGUGACGGUGGAGACGUACUUAUGUUCUUCAAUAAAAGUAGGAAAGGACAUGCUAAGCACAAGAUCUGACAUGAACAACUUCGUCUAAAGGAAUGAGGAGCCUGCGAAACAGAUGUGGAUCUUAUUUCCUUAACUAAAUAGGUCUCUGGCCGUGGGCACUAAAACUGGAUACAGACUAUUCUCUGUGACCUCAGUGGACAAACUGGACUGCAUUCAUGAGAGCACAGAAACUCCAGACGUGUAUAUCGUGGAAAGGCUUUUCUCCAGCAGCCUGGUUGUGGUGGUGAGUCAGUCCAUGCCACGUCGCAUGAAUGUCUACCACUUCAAAAAGGGCACCGAGAUCUGCAACUACAGCUACUCGAACAACAUUCUUGCAGUGCGUCUAAACAGACAGAGACUGGUUGUCUGUCUGGAGGAAUCCAUUUAUAUCCACAAUAUAAAAGACAUGAAACUCCUGAAGACCCUUCUCAACACGCCAUCCAACCCAUCAGGUCUCUGUGCUCUCUCCAUCAACCAUUCCAACUCUUUUUUGGCAUAUCCAGGAAGUGACACCAUCGGAGAAAUUAUUGUCUAUGAUGCCAACAAUCUGAGCACUGUGACCAUGAUUCCAGCUCAUGACAGUCCACUCGCUGCCAUCACCUUCAGUGCUUCCGGCACCAAACUGGCCAGUGCUUCUGAAAGGGGCACAGUGAUUCGAGUCUUCUCCGUUCCAGAGGGACUGCGCUUGUUUGAGUUUCGCCGUGGAAUGAAAAGGUAUGUCAACAUCAGCUCCCUUUCCUUCAGCCCGGAUGCUCAGUUCCUCUGCGCCUCAAGCAAUACAGAGACGGUGCACAUUUUCAAGCUUGAACAGCACAGCCCAAGUGGGGAGGAGGAAGCUCCCUCUUGGUCAGCGUAUGUAGGUAAGAUGUUCACAGCAGCCAGUAGCUACCUCCCAGCACAGGUAUCAGGCAUGAUGAGUCAAGACCGAGCCUUCGCCACCGUCCGACUCCAGAUGGCGGGUCAGAAAAAUGUCUGUGCCCUGGCAACAAUCCAGAAGCUUCCACGUUUGCUUGUGGCGUCCUCUGAUGGGCAGCUAUUCAUCUAUAAUAUUGAUCCUCAAGAUGGGGGUGAAUGCACUCUGGUGCAGAAGCACAGGUUGUUUGGAUCAGAUAAGGACUGGGAGGAGACUGAGAAAUCCGAACUCACAGAGCCACCGCAAGCAUGCCAGUCCUAUGCUGCCACCGUGGCCAUCCCCACCUCUGGACCCGUUACAGCCACUCUCACAGGCUACUCAGAGGAUGGGGGAGCUAAGAAGGGCGAAGUGAUUCCCGAGCACGAGUUUGCAGCAGGGCCUGUGUGUCUGGACGACGAAACUGAAUUUCCUCCCAUAAAUUGGUGCCGUGACGGAUCUGGGAGAGGCAAGGGGAGACGACCGUGAGAGGGUAGAGAACAGGUGGAGGCUGCAACUGUCACAGGAGGAUCCUCAGUGCAUGAGCAAGGACAAACGAAUAAAAAAAUAAAUAAAUUAACUAACUUCAGGGUGCUAAAUUAUUACAGGAACGGUUUGAAAUGAUAAUAUCUUACACAUGAGUUGAUCAGGGAUUUGGGUCGUUGUCGCUCAGACCCCUGAAGGGUGUGUUAUAAAUGAGGUGCAUGACUGAAAUAUAACCACAUAUUGUUCUAGUUACGUAAACACAUCGUAUUAAUUCAGUCGUAAUACUGUAGCAUUUUAUUCUUUUAAUUUAUAACACCAUCAUAUUGAAUCAUAAGAGAAGAGGAAUUACUUUUUUAUAUAUGUGUUUUGCUGUAUUGAUACUUAAUAUGUUUACAUGUUACCAUCCUGAAUACUAAUACAACGGGAUGUUUUGUAUGUACGUGCCUAUGAUAUUACUUGUAAGAGUGCAAAGUAUUUUGCUGGAUUGCUCAAGACCAAAAGCUAAAAAAAACAAACAAAAAAAAGAAAUUAUGUAGGAAAUCUAUUAGGAAUGAAAUUAUGCAAAACA